CGAAGGGGGCGGGGCUUUGGGCAGGCGUUGGCGGGAAAUUCCAUCCCCGCGGUCGGCGCGAUCGUGGCCGCUGCCCCGGCUUCGCUGCGAGAGCGCCGUGAGCGGGGCGGGACAGCGGGCCAGUCUCCCUGUGAGAGAGGCGAACCUGGGCUGGCGGCGGGCGGUCCGGUAGCUCCGUGACGGUGCUGAUCACACGCUGGACGUGGAAGGAAAAAGGGAUUGAAGAACGGCCCACUCCUAACCCCGUCCCUUUUUCCUGCUCCCGCAGAGGAGGGGCUUCUGCAAGCCGCAGGGAAGCCUUUCAUAGAAUCACAGAAUGGUUUGGUUAGAAGGGACCUUGGAGAUCUUUGCCUUAUUCCUGGAGGUGUCACCCCAUCCCUGGAGGUGCUUGAGGCCGAGUUGGAUGGGGCCUUAGGCAGCCUGAUCUAGUGGGACAUGCCAGAGGGAAUGGAACGAGCUUUUCCUUGGGAAUCAUGAAUGCCUGGCCACAGAACAAACUUAUCUACUCCUGGUAUGGAAAACCCACCAACUCAGACAGGAGGCUGAGGACUUUCCAGUACAAGGGAAUCCUGAUUAAAUCAGAAAGAAGCAGAAGAGAAAUCUGUAUACAACUUGGCGAUUUUAUUUUAGUGGAAGGGGAGAAUGCAGAUCAGAAUUUUGUGGCACAACUCCUGGAGCUAUAUGAAGAUGGCGCUCAGCGGAAACGUGCAGUUGUGCAGUGGUUUGCUAAUCUCACAGAGAUACCUCAGAAUAAACAGAAACUGCUUAAAACAAAGGUUCAUCCCCAUGAAGUGUUUUUUGAUCAAGUUUCUGGCUAUGACACUGAUAUAGCUGUGGAGACCAUUAUUAAAACUGUCACGGUAAUACCACUACAUCUUGGAGAGCAACCACCUAUUUCAUUAAACAAGGAAGAAAUUUUCUAUGUAAAACGGUCUUGGGAUGGGAAGUGCUUUAAGGCUUUGUCUCCUCGCACAUUCUCUAAGCUGAAAGAAGCCAAUAAGAAAGGAGAUGGCAUCUUAAACUCUUCAGAUUCAUUUAUUCCUUCGGACACAAUUUCUCCCUUGAAAAAAGAGAUAGACAGAGUUGUUCGAAGUGCUACAAAAGAAAAAAAUGUUGAGUUGCAGAUGGAAUCAAAACACUCUGCUUCCAAAGCCUCUGUCGCUAAAGAGAGACAUUCCCAAAGAAUGGCUAAUGGUCUCAAAACUCCAACGGCAAGGAAGAAGCUACAGUUAAACAGUCCCACAAAAUCUCCUAAAAGCAAGCUGUUGGGAUGUGAAGUUUUGGAACUUUUGGAUGAUGACCAUGAUACUUUAGCGCCGUUAGAGCCAUCAGCUACAAAAAGAAAAGUAAAAUUCACUGGCCUUUUAGGCUCACCAUCAAAAAUAAGCUGCGUUAAUGGUAAAUCAACGUUUGAUGCUGCAGAACAGUUCCAGGGAUAUGGUGAAACAAUACGAUUAUCUCCCUAUAAGAAGGGCAAAGACUCCAGUGAGAAAGCCAAGAAUCUUGAUAUGAAGGUUGACGCUAUAUCUUUAAUUGGACACCAGGAACCGGAUGCUCAGAGCCUUGUGUUGACCCCUCGUUCUCGUAGAACAUGUACGCAGAAGACAAGCGCUCGCAUUGCAGAGCAAAUCAGCAUAUUAAAUGCACUAGAAUUGAAUCAAGAGGAUUUUCUGUCUGGCUCAGAGAGCUCUUACUCCUCAAGUAGUGAGGAAGAGGAGAGUGAUGUGCCUUGUACACCAGAAAAGAAAAUUAAAUCAAACAGAACAUUCAGCACCCCAAAAUCUUCAAGGAAGUCUUCAGUUCAAACUCCUGCUAAGACCCCAAAGAAAACGCCUUUACCAGGAACACCCAAAACACCCCGCAAUGCAACUCCUGAAAUUCCCAGGCGCCACUGUGCAGCACAGAAACCAGUCAGUAUACUAGAAGAAGCCAGAUUAAGGCUGCAUGUUUCUGCUACCCCAGAAUCUCUGCCUUGUCGUGAGGAAGAAUUCCAGGAUAUCUUUAACUUUGUGGAAAGCAAACUUAUUGAUGGCACAGGAGGGUGCAUGUACAUUUCUGGAGUGCCUGGAACAGGUAAAACAGCAACAGUUCAUGAAGUAAUUCGCCGUCUCCAGCAAGCUGCAGAAGAUGAUGACCUACCGCCAUUCCAGUUUGUAGAAGUUAAUGGCAUGAAGCUAACUGAACCUCACCAGGCUUAUGUGCAAAUACUGGAGUUGCUAACAGGUCAGAAGGUGACAGCAGCCCAUGCUGCAGUACUGUUGGCAAAACUGUUCAACGCACCUGGACCAAAGAGGAAGCCCACAGUGCUGGUAGUGGAUGAGCUUGAUCUUCUGUGGACGCGGAAACAGGAUGUGCUGUACAAUUUAUUUGACUGGCCAGCUCAAAAGCAGUCGAAGUUGAUAGUCUUGGCCAUUGCUAACACCAUGGACUUGCCAGAGAGAGUAAUGAUGAACAGAAUAGCCAGCAGGCUGGGCCUCACCAGAAUGUCCUUUCAGCCCUACACCUACCAACAGUUACAGCAAAUUAUUUCAUCCAGACUGAACAGCAUGAAGGCAUUUGAAGAGGAUGCAAUUCAGCUGGUUUCCAGAAAGGUAGCAGCACUGUCUGGUGAUGCAAGGCGUUGCCUUGAUAUCUGCAGAAGGGCCACUGAGAUCUGUGAGUUUGCUAGCCAAAAGAGAACCUCUGACAUAGUCGGGAUGGCCCACAUAACAGAAGCCAUAACUGAAAUGUUUUCAUCACCAUAUAUAAGUGCAAUCAGGAGUGCAUCUUUGCAUGAACAAAUCUUUUUGAAAGCAAUUUUAGCAGCAUUUCGCAAGGCAGGAGUUGAGGAGGCAACAGUUGAACAGGUCUAUCAUCACCACAUAGCGUUGUGUAGAUUGGAAGGCAUGUCGAGUCCUACAGUAUCGCAAAUGAUGGCCAUUUGUUCGAGACUUGGUGCCUGCAGGCUCUUGCUGAUGGAGGCCAGUAAUAAUUAUAUUCACAUGAGGGUGCGACUGAAUAUCAGCCAGGAUGAUGUCAUGUAUGCACUCAAGGGGGACUAAGGCAAGAGAGAUUUUAUUUUUUUAAUAUGUAUUUUAAAUAUUGUCUAUUUUAAUAUUUUAAAUUGUUAAAAUGGAAAUAGAGAUGUAUUUUUUCUGGAUACUGUGCUUAAAUGUCUGGUGUAUUAAAGC